CCGCGCCCCUCCCGCCGCCCGCGGUCUCCUCCCCCUUCCUGAUGCUCGGAGCUUCCGCCGGAGCGGGGCAGCCGCGCCACCGGCCCCGCCGCUCCCGCCGCCAUGGACUGAGCGCCCCGCGGCCCCGCAGCAGCGGCGGCGGCGCCCGCAGGUGACUAUUCCCAAGAUGUCCCUCUGGAGCAUCAUCUCUCAGAUGCCACCAGAGGAGUUCAGCAGCCUCUUCACAGAGUUUCCCCGCAGCUUGCGCUGUCUCCUGGCUGAGUGGUUGGAGAACCAGCCCUGGGAGUUCAUCAAUGGCUCGGACGCCUUCUGCACCGACAUGGCCAGCGGGAUGCUCUCAGCGAUGCUGGAGAAGCUCCGCAGUGCAGCCGGCGGUGAUGGGCAGCCGUGCCACGUCCUCCAACAAGUCAACGACAUCGAGAACACCUACCGGCAGGACCCAUUGCGACUGGCAGCCGUCCUGAAGACCAUCCUGGAAGGCGAGAAAGCAGCCGUGCUCAAGAGGGACCGACACCUGCCUCUCAGCUUCCACCGGCAGCAGGAGGAGCUCAAGUUCAGCGUGGGGCUGCAGCGGCUGCAGCACCGCAUCCGCAAUAUCCAGGCACUGUGGGAGCGGGAUGGACCCACAGCCGCUCUGCAGCCAAACGUGCUGGACCCGCAGCUGAAGGCAGAAGGAAAGGCCCUGGAGAGCGAGCUGCCCACCCUGAUCCUGGAUGCCGUGAAAGAGCUGGAGGUGGCCAAGCAGCAGGUACUGAAGAGGAUCCAGAUCUGGAAGAGGCAGCAGCAGCUGGCAGGGAACGGGGCCCUCUUUGAGGAGAACCUGGCUCCGCUGCAGAAGAGGUGUGAGAGCCUGGUCGAGGUUUACUUCCAGCUGCACCAGCAGGUGAUGGUGGUGAGCACGGAGCUCGGGCCCGAGCUGCUGCCCCGACUGCUGGAGCGGUUCACCGAGAUCUUAUCCAGCCUGGUCAAGAGCUCCUUCCUGGUAGAAAAGCAGCCCCCACAGGUGCUGAAGACCCAGACCAAGUUCCAGGCAAGUGUCCGGUUCCUGCUGGGCCCCCAGCUGCUGAAGGCAUCAGCCAAGCCCUACGUGGUGCGGGCCGACAUGGUGACGGAGAAGCAGGCACGGGAGCUGGCGCUCAGCGCCUACAGCAACACCCUGAGUGAGAGCACGGGGGAGAUCAUGCACAAUGUGGUGGCCCUGGAGACCAACCCUACCAGUGGGACUUGCUGUGCCAACUUCAAGAACGUGCUGCUGAAGAAGAUCAAGCGCUGUGAGCGGAAGGGGUCCGAGUCGGUGACAGAGGAGAAGUGUGCCGUCCUGUUCAGCACUACUGUGGCCCUGAGCCCCAGCAACCUCUCCGUCCACCUCCAGGUCCUGUCCCUGCCCAUCGUGGUCAUCGUCCAUGGGAACCAGGACAACAACGCCAAAGCAACGGUGCUGUGGGAUAAUGCCUUCUCCGAGAUUGACCGGGUGCCCUUCGUGGUGGCCGAGCGUGUGCCCUGGGAGAAGAUGUGCGAUACACUGAACCUGAAGUUCAUGGCGGAGGUGCAGACCACCAAGGGGCUUCUCAAGGAGCACUACUUCUUCCUGGCCCAGAAGAUCUUUAAUGACCACAGCGCUAGCCUCGAGGACUUCCAGAGCCGCAGCGUCUCCUGGGCCCAAUUCAACAAGGAGAUCCUGCCUGGUCGGGGAUUCACCUUCUGGCAGUGGUUUGAUGGAGUCCUCGACCUCACCAAGAGAUGCCUCAAAAGUUACUGGUCGGACAGACUCAUCAUUGGCUUCAUCAGCAAGCAGUAUGUCUGCAAACUCCUGAGCACGGAGCCUGAUGGGACCUUCCUGCUCCGCUUCAGUGACUCGGAGAUCGGGGGUGUCACUAUUGCUUAUGUCAUCCGGGGCAAGGAUGGCUCCAGCCAGGUGGAGAACAUCCAGCCCUUCUCUGCCAAGGACCUGUCGAUCCGAUCUCUUGGUGACCGCAUCCGAGACCUGGUGCAGCUCCGCAACCUCUACCCCAACAUCCCUAAGGACCAGGCGUUUGGGAGUCACUACAACAAGGAGCAGACUGGCAAGGAUGGCCGAGGCUAUGUCUCCACUGCUAUUAAGAUGACAGUGGAAAGCGAAAGGGACCAGCAGCCCCCGAGCGCUGGAGGGGCCCCCCCCGAGGUCCCCUCCACUCAGGUGUUCAACGUGCCCAUGCUGCAGCCUGAGUUGCACCCAGAGAGCCUGCACUCGGUGCUCAGCCCCAUCUGCCCCCCCGCUCCCUUCUGCCCCCAGCCCGUCCCCACGGGUUACCCCACAGCUGAGAGCGGCAUCAACAGGAUGGUUUCUGACAGCCUCAGGACCUCCUUCCCCAGCGCAUCCCCGAUGCUCUCGCCACCCCUGGUCAUGGACCCCACGCUGCCCCGCUGCCAAGACCUUGCCUUCCAGAACCCCGGGCCCUUCAUGCCGAGCCAGUACCUGACAGGGGGGCCCUCGCCGGAGCCCCAGGAUGAGGAGAUGCCCGAGCUGGCCGCAUUCACACCGAUGGUGGAUGUGCCACUGCAGAGCUCCCAAAGGUGGAUGCCACCCAGCAUGGAUCUGUCGCCCGGCUCGGAUUUGGACCAGCUCCUGCAGGAGCUGCCCCUGGAGGGCCCCGUGCUGGGUCCCCCCUUCACGCCCCCCCUGCAGCGCAGCGUGUACCCCAGCUCCAGCACCUCUUGCUGGGGGCUGGGGGAGUCUCGAUAGGAUGACAGCAUCCGGCCAGGGCACUCGUGACAGGGCUGCUGGGGGGACGUCGAACUGUGACACCCCCCCCCCCAGCCUUGUCUGGGUUCCUGAACUCCAUAAGACUUGUGCUGGGGUGAAAACCCUGUCAGGGGAGGGGGUUAUUUUACAGGGGGGAAGGGGGAAGCACUUUGAGUGCUGCCCCAUCGUUGCAUAUACGCUGCACUUUGGAGCACAGGGGCGCUGCCGCCCCCCCCCCCCACCCAGUGGGGUCUACAGGAUGGGGGGGGCUGAGGAGGUGCUGGCACCGGGGGUGCCCCCCAGCCCAGCACGGUGCCCCCAGCCCACGCUGGGCUCAGCCCCACGGGCUUGGGAUGACUCAGCUGCGCGGGCGGGAGGCGGCAGCGGGAAACAUGCAGGGGCGGAUGGACGUGGCAGCCGCUGCGCAAUGGGGCCUCCGCCCCCCUGCCCAGGCUAGGGGAUGCUGGGACCCCCACAUUGGUCUAGGAGGGGGGAACAGACCCCUCACCCCCCUACAUCUGGCACUUGCUUUGGGGUCUGUGA